AUGCAGGCCCGCCCCAACAGCGGUGUAACGAAAGACUGGGAAGGUUCUUCAGGGAAAAACCAUACAACUCAUCGGGUGGAGAAGGAAAACGACAAGACAGACCCGCAAACGAUAGGGGCCAGUCGGACAAUGAAGGAUAGAGAGCAGAAUUUUGGGUCAGAGAGCAGCGGCCAGUCUGGCGCAGCAACAGAGACCGGGGGACGGAAGAAUGCGAAGAAGGCCAAGAAGGACCAUCCCAAGGCGCCUGAGCCUGUUAUUGGGAUGAAUGAUGAGAGAGCAGGAAAGGGGGUGUGA